CUUGUUGCAGACACAAUUUGGUUCUUGACACCAGUCCCCACCCCUCCUAUCCAACCGCCGCGUGACCAUUUCUCGCAGCAAUCUCAAGGCCCGGUUCUUAAAGAACAAUCGCUUGAGCCCUUUUCAAUCGGAAUCGGAAUAACGCAUGCAAGAGAUAGAUUUCUCUGUGUAUGUGAAGGAGAGAGAAGAAGAAUAAGAAAUCGGUGUUUAGAUGGGGAAAAAGAGGAAAUCGGUAGCCACAAGCCUAGAUGAGAUUGAUCGAACGAUGUAUUCUGCAUUUUGUAGCGCUGCAAACUCCCUUUCCCAGCUCUAUACGCAAGCGAUGCACCAGCAAAAGCUUACAUUUCAGGCCGGUGAACGUCAUGGACUGGAAAAACUUUAUCAAUGGAUAUUGAGACAUCAGGAGGGAGGAUCUAGAUUGAACACUAUAGACAUACUAGGUUAUCUGCAGGCAGAGCUAGAUUAUCAUGGAGAGGAGCCAUCAAUGUCUCCUAGAGCACCACUGCAUAAUCAGAAUCCACAACCAACAAUGAACAUAGCAAACCCUAGUUCCCUUGUUUCUUCAGGUUCUUCUGGUGAUCAACAACCCAAGAGCUGUGUUUUCUCCAAUGCCUUGUCAAGCCCUGUUCGUAGAAGUCUUCAAAACUAUCACAUUUCUCGUGGAGGUGGUAAUAGCUACAAUAACAUUCCUCCUCAGCCUCUGUCUGUUGUUGCUCCAAAUGGAUUCAGAAACACCGAAUCUAACUUUCUCCAAGAACAAAACAGAGAUCCAAAUCCCUGCAACUCCAACGAUUCAUUCAUGGAUAUGCAUGUAGAAAGUCCGAGUCACGACUCUACUUACUGAAGAUUUGAAAGGGUUAGUUCCAUUGCUUCACUAUCUAAGCCAUUUGCUUAUCAGAAUACCAAAGAGAAAUGCUGGAUUUUGUGUGUUAUAAAGAAGGAAAAGAUACAGAGAGAUAAUGAUACCCAGAACUAUCUUGAAAUCUCUGAUUCUAUUAUUGUGAUAGGUUUUGUAGCACUGCCUGAAUGUUUCCUUUCUUUGGGUCUUUUAUUUUUCUUUCUUUCUCAGUGAUACAUUCUAUUAUGACUUUUCAAUUGGGUUUCAUAUGACUUUCUGAGAUAUAUUAUUUAAAAGCAGUUGUCUGAGAAUGAGAAUAGGAUAUAAAGCUCAUUCGGAUCCUGAUUUAGUUUCUUAACAUAAUCUCAGAUAUGUUUUUAGAU